CCAGCGGCCGUGUCGGGCCGGCGCGACUGCGCGCGCAUCGCGGCGCAGGUUCGAAUCUCGGGAGCCUGGCUGCGGCUCCCCAACGUCCCGGUCGCCCUCGGGGCGCCUCAGCCCUCUGCUCCGCGCCGCCCUCCGCCCUCCCGCCGCCACCCGCGUGCCACCCAUCCCCGGCCCAUGGCCAAGCGGCGUGCGGCCGAGCCGCUCACGUUCCGCGUGCCUUGGAAGCGGCUCUUGCUCAGCGACUUCCCCGAGGGGCCUCCGCUCUGGGUCCCGCCGGCUCAGUCCCGCAAACGGCAGGGGGACGCGGGGACCAUGGCGGAGCCUGCGGCUGCGCCCCGCAAGCGACGCGGCGGCGGGGACGGCGGCCAGGAGCGGCAACUUUGCCGCGGCCUGGAGCCUGGAGAGCCACCUCCCGGCGAGCAGGAGGAACCCCGGGGCAGCCGAGCUCCCGGCGACGGGAUGGGGAGCGCGGGCAGCGGAGCCGACGGGGCGCCCGUCCAGGUAGGUCCGCCCCGCACCAGCCCGGAGCCGGAUCCCAGCCUGUGGAUGUCCGGCCCAUUCGAGGGGCUGGACCAAAUGCCUAGUGAAGACUUUUGGCAGUAUAAUACAUUCCAGUACUGGAGGAACCCUCUACCACCUGUUGAUCUGGCCGCUCUUGAAGAUGUGAGUGCAGACAGUUUGACAGAAACACUUCAGGACAAGAAUGAAGUAGUUGAGAUUGACAUGGAAUCCUGACAGGAGAAACUGAAGAAGUGGCUUUUUUUAAUUUGAGAAGAACUAAAGGAAAUGUUAUUUUCCGUCCUUGACAUUUGACAUGGUACUGUUGUCAAACCUGAAAAAUGAGGAAGAGUUUUGAGGCUUAAAUACUUGUAAUUACUACUGAAUAUCUUAAUGGAGAUUUUUUUUUAAGGAUAUAAUAUAGCUGGAGGCAAGAUACUUGCAUUUUUAAUGAAAAGGGUUUUGUUCCUGCUCUAACUUUGGAGAUGCUUAUCUUGGAAAGGGUGUUGCAGCUUUAGAGGAAGCACUCAGCUCUUCCUCUCUUGCUCUGUCAAAUGCUCCUCUGCACCAAAAACCUUUCUUGCGGUACAUGGAAUGAACACAUUUAACAUUUAUAUAACUGAUGCAAAUAAAUACUUUCUAGUACAUUUUAUUGGCUCCUCUUGGUUGAACAAGUAGACUUGAGUAUCUAUGCAAUUUAAAAUGUGAGAUUGUUUCUUAAACUAAUAUUGUUUUAGAAGACUAUAAAACUUUAACUAGUGAGAAUUUCCAUUUGGGUAGCUUGUUUUAACUUUCAGUAUUUGCUGUUUAUUAGAGGCAACAGAUAAAGAGCAGUAAGAAGUAGAUGCCUGCCCUCCUCCCCUUUUCUGAAGUGAAAGGAAUGACGUGGUCAGUGUGUUGAGUUUUGGUUUGAGUCCAUUUUGUUACUGAUGACUACUUUAGCCCCACAGUUCUCAACACAGAUAGCACUUUAACAGGUUUUGGUUUUUUUGAGCCCCACCCUAGACAUAUUUCAUUCAAUUAUUUGAAGGUGGGCUUUACACAUAGUUAGUCUUCUGUUGUUGUGUUGUUUUGGGCGCCAAGUCUGCAUUCCUGUACUGUGCAGACCUGGCCAGAACCACUAGACUAGGAGCUUUUCCUGUUUAAAGCAGAUCGCUAGUGAGCUGAAGAAUGCCUGUUUGUUAGUCUUGUCCUUAAUUUGUUACAUUAUUGGAUCUGUCACUUCUAAGUUAUUGUGUUACAGUUUUAUUGUUAAUAAAGUACACUGUUUAUGCUUGA